GCGACGGGAAGUGCCGUUGGAUUGCAGGAAAGUCUUCCAGCAAAAUCUCGAAGUUGUCGAUAGGGUCACUUUGAGCUCCACGCCGCUCGACGACAACCACACGAUUGCCGCCAAGAUGAUGCGUCAAUCCAUCACAGGCCUGGCGAGGGCUUUCCUCGCCCGCUCGGCUACUCAGCCGGUGCGCGUCGCCAUCCAAUCGACAUCGCAAAGGACGUUCUCCUCCCUCCCCUCGCUGCGUCCAUCCAUCACACCCCUCACAUCCGCCUUCCGCCGGCCGAAUGCUACGCCGUUCACGCCCUCGACUGUUGAUGGCGCCAUCGCCGACCUGGUUCCCACAAGCGCCAUCACCGAGCACCCUGCCCUGGGUGCCAUGCAGCUUCGCUGCGGCCCUCGCAACACGAUGAACCGCAACACCCGCCUGAUCCAGAAGCGCAGACACGGCUUUGUUUCCCGCAUGAAGACCAAGGACGGACGCAAGAUUGUUGCACGGAGGCGCCAGAAGGGCCGCACAAAGUUGGGCGUUUGAGUGUACCGUGGGGGGAUAGAGCUACGAGAACCGUGGAAAGGACCAGACGGCAUUGCUGCAGAUGAGGAGAGAAGGGUACGAUCACCCCAGGCAGAGUUCUCAGGGAUGGUGUGGCCAAGAUUGGGCGUGGCCAAAGUCGGGCUGACGAAAGACUCCAACGUUAGAGCCUCUGCGAGAGGGAAUUCGUUG